AGCAUGCUGUCAGCUGAGCAGCCUGGGAGGGGAAAUGGGGAUAAAAGUGGCAGAUGAAUGAGUUGGAGAAGUGCACAGGGCAGGUUAGGGUCUGACGACUCCGUUUUCCCCCCAGUAAAAGCUGAAAAUCUGGGUCACAGCUGAGGAAGACCUCGACAUGGAGUGCAGGAUGUGGUAAGUUUGGCCCAGCAGGGGGAGCUUGGAGACCACUUUCUCUGGGGGCUUGGCCCUGACCUUCCUAGGCCCAUUCAGGGCCUCCCAUCCUGAGGGCUAGCCCCUCGGAAGGAGGAUAUAAGGCUAGGUUCUUCCCAAGGCUCACUGGUUCUUGGAGAGAAACUUGGAGGGAGGCAUCCUGGGAUUUCUGGUGUGAACCUACCCUCCUCACACACAGGCCCAUGUGGGUCUGGGUCUUAUUGCUUUCUCUCCCUUCUUGCAGGCCUGCUCUGCUGCUGUCCCACUUCCUCCCUCUCUGGCCACUGCUGUUGCUGCCCCUCCCACCGCCUGCUCAGGGCUCCUCAUCCUCCUCCCCCCGAACCCCACCAGCCCCAGCCCGCCCUCCUUGUGUUCGGGGUGGCCCCUCAGCCCCACGCCAUGUGUGCGUGUGGGAACGGGCACCUCCACCAAGCCGAUCUCCUCGGGUUCCAAGAUCACGUCGGCAAGUUCUGCCAGGCACUGCGCCCCCUGCCACUCCGUCGGGCUUUGAGGAAGGACCACCAUCAUCCCAGUAUCCCUGGGCUAUUGUGUGGGGCCCUACAGUGUCUCGAGAGGAUGGGGGGGACCCCAACUCAGUCAAUCCUGGAUUUCUGCCCCUGGACUAUGGUUUUGCAGCCCCCCAUGGGCUGGCUACUCCACACCCUAACUCAGACUCCAUGCGAGAUGAUGGAGACGGGCUCAUCCUUGGAGAAACACCUGCCACCCUGAGGCCAUUCCUGUUCGGUGGACAUGGAGAAGGUGUGGAUCCUCAGCUCUAUGUUACAAUCACCAUCUCUGUCAUCAUUGUUCUCGUGGCUACCGGCAUCAUCUUCAAGUUCUGCUGGGACCGCAGCCAGAAGCGGCGCAGGCCCUCAGGGCAGCAAGGUGCUCUGAGGCAGGAGGAGAGCCAGCAGCCCCUGACAGACCUGUCCCCGGCUGGAGUCACUGUGCUGGGGGCCUUCGGGGACUCACCUACCCCUACCCCUGACCAUGAGGAGCCCCGAGGGGGACCCCGGCCUGGGAUGCCCCAGCCCAAGGGGGCUCCAGCCUUCCAGUUGAACCGGAUUCCCCUGGUGAAUCUGUGAUGCCCCCCCAUGUUGGGGUGCUGCCAAGCAGGAGGUCAAGGGGCCGGCAUAGCCGCCAUCCCACAGAGGGUGGGGCAGCUGUGGGAAGCUGGGGCCACGGGGGCUCCUGGCUACCUGCCCUUGCACACCACCCUGGAACACUCACUGGCCCCAUGGGCAAGCCCAUCUGCUUGCCCUCCUGUAGUUGGGGGCUUCACACACUUGUGACUUUGGGUCCCCCAUUCCCACCCUUGCACA